ACUUCCGGAAUCUCCGGGCCGCUUGGCGUGGUUGGCCUGCCAAAGUCUGAUUCUCGCCUCGCGUGCGAGGGCCCGAUUCGCUCGUGAUCUCGCGCGCCUCGGUCCCCCGGCCCCAUGGCCGGGCUGACCCUGUUUGUGGGCCGCCUGCCGCCCUCCGCCCGCAGUGAGCAGCUGGAGGAGCUGUUCAGUCAGGUGGGGCCGGUGAAGCAGUGCUUCGUGGUGACUGAGAAAGGGAGUAAGGCAUGUCGAGGCUUUGGCUAUGUCACUUUUUCUAUGCUGGAAGAUGUUCAGAGGGCCCUCAAGGAGAUCACUACCUUUGAAGGCUGUAAGAUCAAUGUGACUAUUGCCAAGAAAAAACAGAGGAACAAGUCCAAGGAAAAGGGGGAAAAUGAAAAUUCAGAACCCCCAAAGAAGGAGCUGAAACCUAAAAAACCCAAACUAGCAGAUAAGAAAGCCAGAUUAAUUAUUCGGAACCUGAGCUUUAAGUGUUCAGAAGAUGACUUGAAGACAGUAUUUGCUCAGUAUGGAGCUGUCCUGGAAGUAAACAUCCCCCGGAAGCCAGAUGGAAAGAUGCGUGGUUUUGCUUUUGUCCAGUUCAAAAACCUUCUAGAAGCAGGAAAAGCUCUCAAAAGCAUGAACAUGAAAGAGAUAAAAGGGCGGACGGUGGCUGUGGAUUGGGCUGUGGCAAAGGAUAAAUAUAAAAAUACACAGUCUGCCUCUGCCCCAGGUGAGGAGAAGAGGCCUGAGCCUAAACAUCAGGAAUUAGGUAAAGAGAAUGGCAGGGAAGAAAAGGAUAUGGAAGAGGAAGAGGGAGAAGAGGAUGACACAGAAGAGGAAGAAGAUGAGGAGGGGGAAAGGGAGGAGAACAAAGAGACAAGGGUGACCAAGCCUGCACAAAUUCAAAAGAGAACAAUCCGGAGGGCCACGCCUGCCGAGAGCAGUGAGGAGGAGCUUUCUGAUGACGACAGUGACCUGGGGGAAAGAGAGAGUAUCGGUGGUGGAGAGGAACUGGCUCAGAGUGAUACCAGCAGUGAAGAGCAAGAGGACAAAGAUGUGCAAGUCUCAAAGAAAAAGAAGAGGAAAUUACCCUCUGAUGUGAAUGAAGGGAAAACUGUUUUUAUCAGAAACCUGUCUUUUGACUCAGAGGAAGAAGAACUCGGGGAGCUCCUCCAGCAAUUUGGAGAUCUUAAAUAUGUCCGUAUUGUCUUGCAUCCAGACACAGAGCAUUCUAAAGGUUGUGCGUUUGCCCAGUUCAUGACUCAAGAAGCAGCUCAGAAAUGCCUUGAAGCUGCUCUUCCAGAGACUGAGGGUGGUGGGCUUAAACUGGAUGGCCGGCAGCUCAGGGUCGACUUGGCAGUGACCCGUGAUGAGGCUGCAAAGCUCCAGACAAAGAAGGUGAAGAAGCCAACUGGAACCCGGAACCUCUACCUGGCCCGAGAAGGCUUGAUUCGUGCUGGGACUAAGGCUGCCGAGGGUGUGAGCGCUGCUGAUAUGGCCAAAAGAGAACGGUUUGAGCUGCUGAAGCAUCAGAAACUCAAGGACCAGAAUAUCUUUGUCUCCCCGACCAGGCUGUGCCUGCACAACCUCCCAAAGAGUGUGGAUGACAAAGAGCUCAGAAAGCUGCUGCUGAGUGCCACCCGAGGGGAGAAGGGGGUGCGCCUCAAGGAGUGUAGGGUGAUGCGAGACCUCAAAGGAGCACUUGGGAAAGUGAAGGGUCAGUCCCUGGGCUACGCCUUUGCAGAGUUCCAGGAGCAUGAGCAUGCCCUGACAGCCCUACGCCACAUCAACAACAACCCAGAGAUCUUCGGGCCUCUGAAGAGACCAAUAGUGGAGUUCUCUUUGGAGGAUCGAAGGAAACUUAAAAUAAAGGAACUGAGGAUUCAGCGCAGCCUGCAAAAAGUGAAAUCCAAGCCUGCAGCUGGUGGGCCCCAGCAGGAACAACCAGCACUUGGAAAAGACCAGCAACGGCAACGGAAAGCAGCUCAAAACCACACACAGGAACAAACCAAGGCCCCCCUGGAGCAAAAGGAGAGGGUGCAUCGGACCUCCUGGACAGGGUUCCAGACCAAGGCUGAAGUGGAGCAGGUGGAGCUGCCAGAUGGAAAGAAGAGAAGAAAGGUCCUGGUGCUCCCCUCACACCGAGGCCCCAAAAUUAGGCUGCGGGACAAAGGCAAGGUGAAGUCUCUCCCUCCCAAAAAGCCAAAGCCCCAGAUGAACCAGCAGAAGCCAGAGAAGCAGACAUUACCUCCCAAGCAGGCCCUUAGGAAAAAAGCUAAGGGAAAUAAGACCGAAAUCCGCUUCAACCAGCUGGUCGAACAAUACAAGCAGAAAUUACUGGGACCUUCUAAAGGAGCACCUCUUGCAAAGAGGAGCAAAUGGUUUGACAGUUGAUGGUGGCAGCGGACUGGAUAAGAAGCUGGAUUCUUGGUCAAGCUCCCAGGUUGCCACCCCCUAAUGUUAUUCUCUGAGGGAAGGACACCCGCCCCUUCCUCCCCAGGGCACUGCCACUUUGUUGGGAGGCCGCUUGGGCUGUGCACAUUUGAACUUUGGACCCCUCCUCAGUGCGUGAUUAGUGAACCACAAAGAGAAAUCUCAGAAAAACAUCGAUGCUUUUUGUGUAUUUCCAAGUUACUGUGUGAAUUGUGUCUGUAAUUAUUACCCAUUCAGUCCUUUGUUUCUCAAAUGGAAACAGUGGGAAAGAGGAUUCUUGAGGGCUGAAUUUUUAAGAUGUGUAUUUUGUUAAGUGUUUCCUUUAAAUGAGGUAUUUUUUGGCUUUUUGAAUAACAAACUUAUUUCUCAUUUCUAA